AUGUCCGCCGGGAUCUGGGAUGUCUUCUCCGGGGAGCCGAAAUUGGAGAUCAUCUAUCCAAUAGUCGACCGGCCAAGCGGCCGCGCUCACCCUCACCACGCCGCCCGCAGUAAUAACCCAACCAGGGACACUCCCAACUAUCCUGAUGUUGAUGUCCGUGACGGUGGUAGGGAGUACUGGGUCGAUGUGGAAGUCCCAGGCAUUAAGAAUGUCGAGGACAUCCAUUGCCAAUGGACCAGCAACACGAUCGUCGUCGUGAGCGGAAACAUUAUGCGCCCGAUUCACAACAGCGAGCAGCAGCAGCAGCAACCCAGCACGGGCGGACGUGAUGCCCAUGGCGUCUACGAACCACCACCCUCCACGCAGGAACAUUACCAGCCACCAUACCAGCAUGUUGGGCCUCCGUACACGAUAGUGAGCGAAAGGCGGAUCGGUCAUUUCAGGCGCAUUUUCCAUCUCCCGGUCCCGGCGGAGGUGAGCAAGAUGACCGCUAAGCUAGAAGCUGGGCUGUUGAGCUUGACCAUUCCGAAGGCGCCGCACACGCAUGUUGCCGAUGGUGGAAAGGUCUUUAUCACUACUGAGUAA